AGUACUCUUUCGACACAAGACCAAGAGACUGGAUCUUACAAAACACAACUUUUCAAAACAGAGAAGAAGAUCAAACACAAUGCUUGUAUCACCCCUUUUGAUCCUAUUGGGGGUGGUCUCUCUCCAUGGUUGUGCUGAGGCCCAGUCCAUCAACCAAAUACUCAAAGAUAGCGCUAUCCACAUGGAAGACACCCUGCUCUGUGGCGCGUGGGACUGCGACUGUACCUUUAACCGCCUGCGCGGGUGCUGUUGCGCGGCCAACGACUUGUUCCGAGUUGAGGACGAAACCUUCAGGAGGCUGGCGUCUUUGGGGGACGGUAUCGCCAUGCUCAGGGGCAGAGUGGGCGCUUUAACCGCUGGCAUUAAGAUUGCCUUCAAAGCCGGUAUAGACCCAUAUCUGUUAACGACUUCUGAUGAAAAAUGCUUUGGGCCUUUCAACACCAAUGUACCGAUACCUUACACUCUUGUGACUCUGAAUGACGGCAAUGGAUACAACCCUUCUCUGGGCGUCUUCACAGCGCCACAUGCCGGAGUUUAUGUCUUCUCCUGCACCGUCUACUCAGCGGUGAACUUGAACCAGCGCCUGUACCACAAAGUUGUGAUGGUGAAGAAUGGCGAGGUGCUGACCAGCGUGUGGGAGGACAAUCGAGAAGAUGCUGAAGACAGCGGCAGUCAUACGCUUACUGUGGAGAUGCAGAGAGGCGAUCAGGUGUACAUGGAGCUGGAGUCUGGAAGAAAACUCUGUACAAAUCUAUACUCUAAUGUCUUUACUGGUUACAUGCUGUAUGCUUACACAGAUGAGUAACCGCAACCCCAAAAACACAAGAGGGGAUAUCCUACUCAUUUCAUGCUCAAAUGAUAUCAGUAGGGCACUAUA